ACUGACGAAGAAAGGGCGAUGUCCUACCGCAUGAUCACAAUGGUGUCCAGCUUCGCAAAAGACGGGUCUCUCCCAAGCCUGGAGGACGGGAGUCCCUGGCCGCUCUUCUCGAAGGCUUCCAACUACUCGUUCGUCGACCUCGCACACUCCGGGUUCACGCUUGGCGGCGCCACUCCCGAGUGUCCCUUGCUAGAGAUCAUGAGGAUGAUCUUGAACCCGGACAAGUCGGACCGGCGAGCUAUCGACAGUGCUUGGACGCCCGAAGUCGUCAGCUUGGCACUGGACAUGCUUGCCGCGAUACCGGCGCGAGCUCUUGAGAUCGCCGCCACCACUCAUGCCCAUGCUUACAAAGGCCAAUGAAUAUGCCAUACGCUCGAACCCUCCAGUGUUCACUGCGCCUUUCGGGGUGUUAAAAAGCUAUCAGCUUGCAACACGUU